CAGUCCCCUCAUGUCAGACGAAAACAGUGAUGCUUGCUAAGGGGAAGGAGGGCUGCAGUGGUAACCUUACCCAAGGUAGCCUUCCGGAGGGCAUUGCCCGUCGCAGGCUCCCAGCCCAUUGCCAUCCCACCCAUGAUCCAUCCCACCCUGCCGGACUCUGCAGGGAAGCCGGCCUCUGAUCGCCCCAAAGGACGAUCCGUCCACCUUUGCCCUUGGCCCACGUUGUCUGGUGCAUGAAACCGUCCGCGUGCACAGUGGGUCAAGAAUGACAGGCCUGAUUCUUCACGCCCCUGGAGACCCUCUUGAGCAGCCGCUGUUCACUUGGUUUCUGCUCAUCCUUUCCCUCUUUCUUCCCUUCUCAUUCUUUUGCUGCCUCUGCUCGCUCGCUGUAAGGGAUCCAUACGAUACAUCCACUGUACCAAAGCCAGAUCGUACUCCAACUCUGGGAAGUCAAAUCCACGUUACUGUCUUGUACAAAUACCUGACUAAACCACCGACCGAAAUUCCCCGCUUGCUCUUUUCGUCACUGAGUUUCGAUUUUAUUUUAUUUUACUUUUUCCAAUUUUUUCUGGGUCUGUUCCAACUGGCUUCGAUUUUUGGGCCUUUCUCUCUCCCUUCACUGAAAAGGGCUAUUAUUUUAUCUCGUGUUUUAUUUCAUUAUUAUUAUUAUAUUUUUAUUUUAUUUUUCCCUUUGCUUUCCCUUAUCCAUACAUACACCCACCCCUCCACCCUCCCCUUCUUUUUUUUUGCCCUUGACCCUCUUUUCUCCCUUUUCGAAUAACGAUUUUUUUUUACCCUUUUUUUUUUCUUUACCCAUUCAUACAUACAUACACAUUCCCACCUCCUCUUUUCUCCCACUCCGUCUUGGUUCGCACUAUUCAAUGCCAACCAUAUCCUCCGCUUCUCUCGACCAAGGCUCUCCUCCUUCCUCUCACCUUCUUUACUCUCAACCUCCCCGAUCUUUUGCUGUUCCUAUCCCGGUCUCUUCCUCCCCGGUUGAAA